AUUUAUGAAAGUGUGCGGUGAAAAUGUAUAGUCAACAAACAUCGCUAAAUGAUAGAAAAUUGUUUGUAAUACAUUUUUCAUCAUUGUCAUCGGCGAUGGUAAUGAUUGUCAUCAUAUACCAUUCAAUAUGUUCAAUCGUUCAAACAUCGGCUGAUCAAUAUUCUAUACAACAAACAAACCAAUCAAAACAGAAUUCUAAUUGUAAUUUCAUAACAUUUCUCAUAUAUGAUGGAUAUGAGUAUGUUAUCACAGACAAUAAAAAUGAUUAUCAAAUACAAUCAUCAAACUUAAUGCCUCUCAUAUUGACAACAACUGAAAGCAAUCUUCAUGAUUGUCUGAGCUUAUGUCGAGAUCGUAAUGAAUGUAAUGGAAUCAAUUAUAAUGGAGAUCAAUGUCAAUUAAUCACCAAUAUUGAUGAUGAUACUAAUCGAUUGAUUAGAUCAAAUCAUUCUACUACUAUUGAUAUUCAUGCCAAAAAGAUUUGUAUAUCAGAUCAGUAUGGUAAUUGUGCAGGAAAACCAUGGGCUUUUGAAACAGUUAUUGGAUAUACGAUGAGUUAUCCUACUUAUUUUCAUAAUACAAUUGUAAAACGGAUCAUGAUUAAAAAUAUUGCAUCUGUACAAGAAUGUAGUGAACGAUGUUUAAAUGAAAUGAAUUUUCAUUGUCGUUCAGUAGUAUACAAUGAAAUUGAUCAACAUUGUAUUCUGUUCAAUAUGAAUCGUCAGACUAUUGGUUCAUCGAAUCACAUCAAAACGGACGGGCUUAAAUUUGUGCCAACAAUACCAUUUACAAAACAAGUACAUUAUAUUGAGAAUAAAUGCAUUGAAGAGCCAAAUAAAUUUUGUGAUUUACGAAAAAUCAAAAAAUUUAAAUUGAAAACAGCCGAUUUAAUCAAGAUGAAUGUCAACACACCAAGCGAAUGUCGAGAAUUAUGUCUUUCAAACAGUGUAACUAAUCCUUGUAAAUCAUUUGAUUUUGAUUCAUCUCAUGGGAUAUGUCGUAUCAGCCAUUUGAAUGAAGCGUCGACCUCACAUAUCAUUCAACCAUACAUCCAUGAUGAGGACGCGGCCAUUUUUGAGAUAUCUACAUGUUAUAAUGUCACUGUUUUAUGUCAAUCGAAAAAGAUGAAAAUUCAAAUUGAAACAUCUAAAUUGUUUAGUGGAAAAAUUUAUGCACAAAAUAGGCCACGAAGUUGUAUGAAUGAUAUUUUGAAUCGAUUAGAUUUUGAAUUAUCCAUACCAUAUACCGACGAUGAUUAUACUAAUAAUACUGCUGAUAAUGAUUUUCUGCAAUGUGAUACACAACAACCAACGCCUGGUCAUUUUACCAAUGACAUUAUCAUUCAACACCAUGAUCUUGUCCUGACGACAAAAGAUUUAGCUUUGGGCAUUUUUUGUAAAUUUGAUUUACACAAUUCAAGUAUUGCUCAAAUCGAUCUCAAAAUACAAGGUGAAAUUUCUACUGAUAAAUUAAAAGGCACGGCCAAACUUCCUGAAUUAUCAUUACAUCUAGUAGAUCAGAUGGGCAAAGAUAUCGAUGAAGUUUCCAUUGGUGAUAUACUUCGUGUACAAAUCCGUAUGAGUGAUGAAGAUACUUAUGGGAUUUUUGUUCGAAAUCUCAUUGCUAAAGAUGAUCAAAAUCCAAACAAUAAUUUCACAUUAAUCGAUAAUAAAGGCUGCCCGGCCCAAAUGAAAAUGAUGCGCGAAGUUCGUCUACUCAACGAGAAUAGAAAAACACUUGAAAGUUAUUUAGAGGCUUUUACUUUUACAGGAGGUUCUAUCUUAAUCAUACAAGUUGAAGUAGAAACUUGUCUCGACAAAUGCAAACCGGUUCAAUGUCAAGUGGCCAACGGCCGCAGUUAUCCAGGUGUUGAGAUGGUUACAUCGUAUGGUCGACGAAAACGUCGUUCCGCAUCAUCGAAUGAUGAUUAUGAUGAUCAAAAUGACAUUGGUGAGGUAGUUUCUAUGACAAAAUUAUCAAAAUCAUUGUUAAUACGUAAGAAACGUGAAUUUGUUUCAACGGAUCUUAAAAUAACUGCCGGUAUAGAUGCAAAACAACAUGAAAAUGCAAAUCGAACACAUACUCAAAGAGCACUUGAUUCAUUCCUUGCACCUUAUCAAAAAAUAUCAAUUUCAAGCAAAAAUUAUCUAUGUUUUGAACCAACACAUUUAUUUGUAAUUUGUGUAAUUGCGUGCUGUGCACAAAUUUCAUUAUUUUCAUUAAUUUUUGGCAUAAUAAUUAGAGUAAAAAAAGUUCCCUGUCCGAAACGACAUCUGUUCACGUCUAGCCGUAUUGGUGCUUCUUCUUGGAAUCUAAAUCCUUCAUCAAAUAAUUCAAGUACACCGUACAAUUAUAUGAGCUCAAUGUAAAUCAUUUUGGUGAAAAUGAUAAUCCAUACAUGUAUUAUAUUUACAUACACUAAAUACAAAAAAAAACUAUACUUGAUUGGAUUUUUAUACCCUUCGA